ACUCUGACGAAACGCACGGUUCGACGGAUUCAGUAAAAAUCAGUUGGAAAUCAAAUAUUUCAGAGAAACGAAUUCCAAGAAUAUCAGAACAGCUUCGUACUGAGCCUGAAGUACGUCAAAACAUUUGGAGUGUUAGCUUUCAUCUUCAACCUUUAAAGAACAAAUUUUAAAACACAAAACAACCAACAUUGACCUUUGGCAGGAGCUGGUGAUAAACUACACAGAAGGAAACUCAUCAAAGUUACAAGCAGACGAAAGCGAAAUACAUUGUGCACUGUACAUAUAUUAAUCAAGUAACCACAACAGAAACAAAAGCAGCCGAGAAAAAAGCAACACAGCAACAACUGCAAUUUUAGUGAGUGCACACGCAUACUGUUUGUCACUCCGUCAGUCUGCCCGUCGACUCCUCCUUUGUGUGCGGUGUGUGUUUUGUGUUAAAGGUCAGAACUCAUAUGAAAAUGUCGCGCUCUAACCAAAAAGCAAUGUCAACAAAUGGCGCUGUUGUCGCCGCCGUCGACGAGGACAUGGCCUCGUCCAUGCAUCCUGCAUCCUCAGUACUCGCAUCCCCAUCAGCAUCUGCAUCUGCAUCGAUGUCCAGCAUCAGCCUGACAGGUGGCACACCUCUGUUUAGGGCCAGUCGGGCUACGGUGGCCGCUGCCAUACUGGUGGCCAUUGUUCUGUGCAGCGGCAACUUGGGAUUCGCCGACGGCCUCAAGUGCCACAUGUGCGGCCAGUACAACGAGGGCGUGGGCUCCAUCACGCCCUGCUCCAACUACACCAAAGACAUUGCCCAUCUCUAUCUGAAGGAGUGCACCAAGAAGAGCGAGAAAUAUUGUGUGAAAUACGUUAGUGAGCUGUCGACCGUUCGCGAUUGUGCCACCGAGUGUGUGGAGAAAGAAAUUUGGGAGACCCAAACAUAUUGCUGCACCGAGGAUGGUUGUAAUUCUGGCACCCAUUUGGCCUACUCUGUCAUCUUGUUGACCCUGCCUUUCCUGUCGAUCUGGCCCACAGCCGUCGAUCUCUGGAACUUGAGGCGUUAGGUUGAACAAUCGUUCAGAUGAUUCACACUCUCAUUUGUUACUUUUUCAUUUAUGAACCUAUUUUUAAUUACAAAAAAUGUAUAAAAAUUCAAAUGUUUAGCAUUUAUAUUGAGUUUCAAAAACAAACACGAAAAAUAAAUUCUGUGAACGGGACCUAAAGAACUAAAUAAAACAACAAAAAAAUAACAUUUCGAUGAAAAUUAAACCAUUCGAACCUGUUUUGAUGUGACUUAGAAACUCAUAUGAUUACAAAACUAAUUAUGCAUAUAUAUGAAUAUGUUGCAAUAUAUAUUUACUGUUAAUAUUUUGUGGCUUUGUAUUUCUGACUGUCUUCCCAAAAUGCACUACUAUAAUAUCUGAAUAAAAAGAAUAAUGACAAAACUCUUGAAACCAAAAAAAAAUACUAAUUGUUAAAAUAUUAAAUAGAAGAAAAUGCAACGUAAGCAACACUAACUAAAUCGUAUUACAUAACUAUAAAAUCGAAUGCCAAAAAUGAAUUAGAUAUUACAAGAGAUGAAAAACAAAAAAUGUUGAGAGAAAGAAAACCAGUAUUGUCUGUAAGAAAAAUGCCAGCUGUCAAAAGUACAUAAAGAAAUGUAAUAACAUUGAGACGUUAAAUAUAUAUAUAUACAAAUAUAAAAUUUUUAGCGUCGUUGAAUGCAUUACGAUUUCACAUUUCAUAAACAUUAAUAAAUAUAUUACACCUAAGAACAAAGAACAAAAAGCGAAAGUAGAAAUAAAUCAUGGUUAAGUGUUUGCAUUAUAAUUUCUAUAAAUAUCCACAAAUAUUACGCAAAUGUCAAAGUCACAGUGCGUUUAUUUUGGGGUCUGUGACUUUGCACUUUGUACAAGUAAUAUUUGCUGGAUACUCUAUUAUAUGUUGUUCCUUUUGCCCGAAGAUGAGAGGCGCCUAAAAUUUGAAAAUAUCUAGCACUCAUGCAAAUAUAUGUAACUUUAAGGUGAUAUGAAUUAUCAUAACGAAAAGCAAGCAAACCUUCACUCCACUGUUCAUGAAAUUCUAAAUUAUAUAUUAAUAGUAAAGGAAUACUAACAAAAAUCCAUUGAUAGCCAAAGAAGAGAAGAUAUUUGUAGCAGUUUGAUGAAGUGUAACACAAUGCGGAAAACCGUAGGUAAAGCAAAAACCAAUUACUAGAAUUAUUUAGAAUUAUCAAGCGAGAGUUUAGUGAACCCAAAGUGUAUUACCAUGAAAGUUCUAAGCGAUUUUCUUAUAGAGCACUUAUGCGAUUCCAUUUUUAAUUAUUUACAAUUAAUAUAAUAUGAACAUUUUAAAUGAUAAAUACUUAUAAAAAUAUAUUUAAACAAUGCAUAUGAUAUAUACAACAUACAUAGAGACUAGAUCUAAGGGCUUUCCACUAUAUUAAAAGCAAACAAAAAGUGUGAAUAAAAACAGAACAAAUACACACAUAAAAGAAUGUUAAAUGUUAGUUCCUCAAAACCAAAGCAGCUUGUGUAUUUAAAGCUCGCCGUUCUGUUUAUUAAUUUGCAUAAAAAUUACAAAUUUAAUGCUU